AUGCCCGCAACACCAUCAGCAAGGGUCGCUAAACAACAAAUCAUUAACAUAAAUAAUAUACAACAAUGUGCGCAACGUGUGACAAAUCUCGAAAAAGUUGUUGCACGUAUCGAUAAGGAGGCGGUGAACUCCAACGCCAAAUUAAGUGCUCUUAGCGAUACCCUUUUUCAAAGUUUGGCAAAUAGAGUCCAAAAUGAAAUGUCAAUUCUGAGGAAAGCUUUCGACGAAAAAGUUUUGCAAUACGGUGAACGUACUAAUAAAGCCGAAUUGGAAGUCAAAAAAUUGCAAGGACGGCUUGGAUCCCUGGUUGAAGAGAAGAAUCAAUUAUCCAAAAAAAUACGAUGUUUUGAAAAGUCAAAUAAAUCAUUAUCAGACCAAGUCGAAGAAUUACAAAAUAAUACAAAAGAUGAUGCAGUGCAGAGAGAAUCGGGACGUGCAGUUCAGAACGAGCUAAGCGCCAAUGUAACGGACAGAAAUGAACCCGAAGUCCUAAUAACUAAAGAAGAAAGUGGUCCCAUACCAACUAAAAAAGCCGAUCCUUCAGAAAGCGGUGAUUCCAACGAGCAAACUGUUGAGAACCAAGGAGAAAAAAGAUGA